UGAGGCCAAUAAAAGGAGGCUGGAGUCCUCACUUCAUCCCAAACAGAUCGAAGACUCAGCGGCAACUUCAGCUCAGACAGCGCCACCUGGAGGACAGACCGAUCAAAGAAAGAUGCAGAGGUGCUUCGGCUUUUUUUGCGUGACGCUCAUCUUUUGCGCAACCCUCUCUGAGACCAUCGGCCUGGUUAUUGCGGCGAAAGAGAAGCGUGGCUGGACUCUGAACAGUGCUGGCUACCUGUUAGGUCCUCGUCGUAUUGAUCACCUAAUUCAGAUAAAGGAUUCCCCCAGUGCCAGAGGCAGAGACGAGCUGGUCACUCAAUACGGAAUAGAUGGACACAGGACACUAGGAGACAAGGCGGGUCUGGCUGGCAAGAGAGACAUGGGCCWGGACGAAGACUUCAGAACAGGUUCCUUGCGAAUAGGAGAUGAAGAUGUCAUCCACACUGUCAUCGAUUUCCUGUCGUACCUCAAACUUAAAGAGAUGGGAGCCCUGGACAGCAUGUCUUCUCCUGUGUCAUCAGAUGAACUGGCCAAUCCCUAACAUCUCUCUUCCACCUGUGUCCUCCAGCAGUGUUUCAGAUAUUUGACCUCCUAGUUCUUUAAAUGUCYAAUUAUCUUAACUCCAUGGGCAAACUUAUAUUCCCCAACUAUACAUCUUGGCUAUUUCUGUUCCUGUGUAAAUAAAUCUUUUAUCUACUGAAGCUCA